AUGAGAGAAAAUAUAAUUCUUCUUAAAAUUGAAAAUAUUCAUUUUGCCAUUCUCUUUGCUAAACUUUCUUCAACUCUCAAUCCAAUUUUCUGGAAAUCUAUAUAUAGACUUGGAUCUCUACAAAAACUUAAAGUAUCUAGUAUGUGA